GGAGCGUUGACCGGUUGAAAAAAACACGGUUUCAUUGGGGUUCACCUAAGUCUAACAACGCCCUGUUCCUCAGGUUCGGUUGAGUGGGAUGUAAUUUUUUUUUCCCUCUUCAACCUCAAAGCGGAUCAAUUUGGAGGAGCUGAACGGAGUGCUUGAAGGUCUUCGAAAGGAUUCGAUUCCCUCUCACUCCACCAUUUUGCUAGCUAGUUAGCUUGUUAUAUCUGCCUGCUUUUCCCCUCUUCAGAUUCUUUUCUCCGUUCCCUCUCUGGACUCAUUAGUAAAUUGCUUUAGUCAAGCUAAAAACACGGUUUUGAAUAAUUAAGCAUGGAUAAAACGGCGGAGCUUAUUCAGAGGGCCAAACUGGCAGAGCAGGCCGAACGCUACGACGACAUGGCCACUUGCAUGAAGGAGGUAACCGAGCAGGGAUCUGAGCUGUCCAACGAAGAGCGAAACCUGCUGUCAGUCGCCUACAAGAACGUGGUCGGAGCCCGAAGGUCCGCCUGGAGAGUCAUCUCCAGCAUCGAGCAGAAGACCGAAGGCAGCGAUAAGAAGCUUCAGAUGGUCAAGGAGUACCGGGAGAAGGUGGAAACCGAAUUGCGAGACAUCUGCCAAACCGUGCUGGACCUGCUAGACAAGUAUUUGAUCGCCAACUCCUCAAACGCGGAGAGCAGAGUAUUCUACUUAAAGAUGAAGGGAGACUACUACAGAUAUCUGGCGGAAGUGGCCUCAGGAGAAAAGAAGGCAGAGACGAUAGAGUGCUCACAGAAGGCCUACCAGGAGGCUUUCGACAUCAGCAAGAAGGAGAUGCAGCCCACGCACCCCAUCCGCCUGGGCCUGGCCCUCAACUUCUCGGUCUUCUUCUACGAGAUCCUCAACUCCCCGGAGCAGGCCUGCAGCCUGGCCAAACAGGCCUUCGACGAAGCCAUCGCUGAGCUCGAUACACUGAACGAAGACUCGUACAAAGACAGCACCCUCAUCAUGCAGCUGCUAAGAGACAACCUCACAUUAUGGACAUCGGACAACGCAGCGGACGAAGGAGAGCCCGGUGAAGGAGGCGAGAACUAAAACCGCACAAGGGGUCAUCUCCAAAAAGAAAAAAACUAAAACUUUGAAAAACGAAAAAAAAACCUUUUUACACAUCUUCAUUCCUUAUCGUUCCACUUAAAAUUCUUCUAGCAUUGAAAAAAGCCCAUCAUUACUGAAGGAGCUGUGAGAAUUCAGAUCAUUCGCUGUUUUCACACUGCUACUUUUGGAAAGAAAGAAAAAAAAAAGAAUUUAAAGUAUCUCUCCAUUCCUUGGUUUGUGUUUGUCCUGGCCUUCCUGAUGUGCAGUCUCUGCUGUAGAAAAGUAUUAAUAGCUUCACUUUAUAUUGACAUUUACUUCCAAUUUCAGAUGAGAAAAUUGCAUUACAGGACUUGCGUGUAUCUUCAGAAAAUCUGUCCAGUGAAUUUCAAACGCAAGCGAUUGGGAAAAUGGUGGUGCGGAGGGUGGCUUGAUUCUUAAAUGUUAGUGCUCCUCAUCACGUCCCCCUUACAGAUUCUCCAUCAGGUUGUCUGGUAGAGUUACAGCAGCUGACGUCUAAUGAAUGAUUUAGAAGGCCGAAUGACCCUGCAUAUGCUGGCUAUAAGACUUAAGGCAACCUGUCCUCAUUGCUGUUAUGGCGGUCGAUGCCUGCCUUGGCAGGCAAGGCAGCAAGCUGUUCACAGCAAAAGCAAGUGCUUUUCAUCAAUAACUUUGAGGUCUCCUUUUCGAAGGUCACGGAACACUCCUUCCUAGUUAUAUUCACUUCAAUGUGUUACUUUGUAGCAUGUCUGACUAAAACAGUGGCGCUUAACGAAGACCAAAAAGACGAAUAAAAUGACAAAAAAAUAAUAAAAAUAAAAAGUACAUGCAUGUCCUUUUAAAAGUACACUGGAAUGAGAACCAAUGCUGUAUACACCAAGUCCCAGUGUUUGGUUUAGUACUUUUCAUCGCAGGUUUGUGCACAUGUGAGAGGGUGUUUGGUUUGUCCAGUGAUUGUCAUUUAGAGAUUUGGACCACUAUUGUGUUUUGCUAAUCAUUGAUUGUAGUCCCCAAAAGCCUUGUGAAAAUGUUUAAUGCCCUAUGUAACAGCUAUGUAACAUGAAUAAAAAUGACAUUUUAUAAACCAGAAA